AAAGCGAACUUAAAGAGGAGGAAUUGAAUGAUAGUCUUUAUAAGUUGGAAAUAGGAGAAAUGAUUUUGGAUAGUAAAUAUUACCAGGCAGAUUUAAGUGAGAUUACCACUACCGAAGAAAUGGCGGAGGAGCAGACAGAUAAUACUGAAGAAGAGGAAGAAGGAAAUAACGAAUAA